UAUGAACGACUGAUUGAAUAGCGAUAACCAUAUGAUUGGACGUCAAAUGCGAGCGUUUUUCGCAACAAAUAUAACAGCAUUUGAGUGAACAGUGUUUUGACGAUUCAUAUCAUUAUUAUUGUAUUUAUCGGACAAACAUUACACCAGUAAUGACCACAAGUGGCGGCGGAUUCACAUUUGGCUCAACACCGCAGCCAACACUGGCCACUACACAGACGCCAUCAGUGUUGGGAUCGACAGCAUUUGGCACUCAAAAUACACAAUCGUUUGCUUUCGGUGGCCAACCGACCGGUCAAACAACUGGUCAGACAAAUGCCUUUUCAUUUCAACCGUUUGGCUCUACGGCCACCACUACAGCGCAGACCACUUUUGGCUUAACACAGACUCCCUUUUCAUUUACAAACCCAACCACAACAACAACAGCCGGUUCAUUCAAUUUCGGUGGUUUAGGUCAACAAACGACUAGUGGAUCGUUAUUUAGUGGACAACAACAGCAACGACCACAAGCGCCCACUUUUAACUUUACGUUGGGAUCUACUUUAGGUCAAAACACACUUCAGCCACAGUCCGGUGCCCAACAAAUACCACAAACAACACAACAAAAUGCUAAUAUAUUUGCGCCGAAGAUAUACAACGACGAAAGGGAUGAUAUUAUCGCUCAGUUUAAUAGAGUUCAGGCCUUCUGGGGCUUCGGAAAGGCUUAUUAUUCAGCAUUUAUGCCGCCCUAUGACAUCAACCAAACAGAUCCCACCAAUCGUUUUAAAAGUAUUGGUUAUUCUGAAUACAGAAAAAGUGAUGAUAUUAGCGAUAUGUUGGACAAUAAAAUUGGUUUUUUGGUCAAAAUGACAAACAAUGAAUCACAACUUAAGACACAAUUAUUGACAUUUGAACAAAAUAUGAAACAAAUUGUUGGCAUAAAUCUGAUGAUUAAAUUAGAGAUAACUAAAGUCUUGCCCGAAAACAAAGCUGUUCUCUCUCUUUUAGUGACUGAUCCGACCACUAAUAAGUCCUUAACUAGUAUUCAACUUCAAAAUUAUUUCAAUCAACAAAACAUUAAAAAUCAAUUAAAUAAUGUAUUUAUGAAUACAUUUGUUAACAUUGUUCAGAUGUCAUCGGUUGGCAAACAAGAGCUCGAAGAAUAUCUCAAUACUCCUCCCAAAGGUAUUGAUGAGAGGUUAUGGGCUCAGGCAAGACAUGAAAACCCAGACCCCAACCGAUUCAUUGCCGUCCCAUUAGUCGGGUUUUCAGCACUUAAUGAAAGAUUUAAACUUCAGGAAAGAGAGACCGAACAACACAGGAUGAGACUUAAACUUAUUACGGAUGAUGUGUCGGCAUUGGAGAGACAUGUUAUGGAAACGAGAUCCAAGUUGGAUGAGUGUCGUCGCAAACACAUUGCACUCUCUAAUCGUGUUUUACGAAUAAUGAUAGCACAGGAGAUGCUUCGCAAACGUGGAUACCCUAUUCAGGCGGAUGAGGAUCAGUUAAAGGCCAAACUGGAAGCCAUUCAAUCUGAACUGUCAGCGCCAACCAAAUUUCAGGGCUGUCUUAAUGAAUUGAUGUCUCAGUUGAGACAAAUUCAAAGUCAACAUCAAUCAGGCAUUAGUGUCGCGUUAGACAACGAUUUAACUUCACAGCUCAAGACUUUCCUAAAACAGGAACAGGAGGGCAUAUCACACCUCAUAUCUAUUGUUAAACACGAUGUCAAGGAAUUGGAUGCUAUAAAAUAUAAUAAACAAUCGCCUAAUGUUUGAAUUAUUAUAUAAAUUUUUAUAAAUAAAUAAUUGAA